AUGGAUACACAAGCCCAGAUCAGACGCUCUGCGGCUGUCAAGCACCUCUAUCAAAAGUUCGGGGUAUCCAAGCCCUGGUUUUUCUCCCCUGGUGAUCUCCAAGGCCUCGGAAUUCAAACCCUCCAAAUUGACGUCACAGGUGAUGGUACUUUAGAAUUUGACCCGUGUUUCUUUCGUCCUCACCCCGAAAGAGUCCUCCAAAAGUACCCACCAGACCCUUUCCAGAUGGCUGCUAUAUAUCCCCCCCAGACCCUUGCCUCGCUGACCAACCGCCCUGAGGUCACUUCCAUGAUACAGAUGGAAGAGGAAACAGGGGUUAAGAAUGAGGCUGCGAGGGCCACUUACAACUCACUUGAGAAGCUUCUUGGACCGGAUGAGUGGCAAGAUCAUGCUAGAGAGACACAGUAUUAUAUGGAAUGCCAUCUGGAUUACGCUCGAAUGGGACUACCUAAUGGCUCUUCUCUCCGGAAUCUUGGAUCUCUACAUGGUUUUCGGACAAAACCUGCAAGUGGUGAUCCUCCAACAGUUGAGUUUUCCCCGCUAUGGAGCUUCGCAGACGAACAAAAAGCACCGGUUGAGCUUUUCAUUCGCUAUCGGAUAAGCCAGCUAGUCGAGGUCCCUCGAUGGGAGAAGCCAAAUCCUGCCAUCGAUUCCCUCGUGGACCCUGUUGCGUCUAUGCAGCUGAAAUAG